AUGAGCACUUCUCUGAUUCCAAGUAUCCUUCGACGCUCAUAUUCUUCUGUGAAUCCUGUCAAAAUGUCAUCAACCAAGAAAGUCUCUGCAGCUAUUGCGAAAGCGAACGACUUCCUCGAUUUCGUCAACGCUUCCCCCACCCCCUACCAUGCGGUACACUCUGCCAUCAAACGUCUGCAAGCAGCGGGCUUCUCGGAGAUCAGAGAACGCGAUAGUUGGUCGUCGACCCUCCGCCCAGGUGGGAAGUUCUACCUCACUCGAAACGGAUCAUCGAUUGUCGCAUUCUCGAUCGGACAUAAGUGGAAGCCAGGGAAUCCUAUUGCCAUGAUCGGUGCACAUACUGAUUCACCUUGUCUACGCCUCAAGCCUGUGAGCAAGAAGACUGGUGCUGGAUUCAUGCAAGUGGGAGUCGAGACAUAUGGGGGAGGCAUUUGGCACACGUGGUUUGACAGAGAUUUGUCCAUUGCUGGCAGGGCGAUGGUGAGAGAUGGAAAGGGCAACUAUGUACAGAAGUUGGUCAAGGUGGACAGGCCAAUCCUAAGAAUCCCAACGUUGGCGAUCCAUCUCGACCGUUCCGCGAACUUCGACCCAAACAAAGAGACGGAACUGUUUCCUAUUGCCGGGCUCGUUGCUGCUGAAUUGAAUCGCACGGGUAAAAAAGAGCAGACAGAGGAAGACGCAAAGGAUACUGAGGACUUUAAGCCCUUGAAGUUGAUGAGCGAGAGGCAUCACCCAUAUGUCCUAGAGAUCAUCGCAGAACAUGCAGGCGUAGAAGUGGAAGAUGUCGUCGAUUUCGAGAUGGUUCUCUACGAUACACAGAAGGCAUGCAUUGGGGGUAUAAAUAACGAGUUGAUCUUCUCUGCGAGGCUGGACAACCUCGGUAUGACCUAUUGCGCCGUGCAGGGUCUCAUCGAGUGUCACUCGUCGCCUUCCGCCCUGGAUAAUGAGUCUUGUAUUCGCUUAACGACAUGUUUUGAUCACGAAGAGAUCGGCAGCACAUCUGCGCAUGGAGCAGCCUCGAAUCUUCUGCCCGCUGUGCUUCGACGUCUCUCGGUCCUUCCAGGCAAUCAUGAUUCAGUCUCCGACAACUCCUACGAGCAGGUCCGGGAGCAAGAAUUAGAUCUAGCAACGGCCUAUGAGCAGACCCUUUCUGCAUCGUUCCUCAUCUCUGCCGAUAUGGCACAUAGUGUUAACCCGAACUAUGCCCACAAAUACGAGUCCGACCACCGUCCAGAGAUGAACAAGGGUACGGUCAUCAAGAUCAAUGCGAAUCAGAGAUAUGCCACCAACUCUCCAGGCAUCGUCCUCCUUCAAGAAGUCGCUCGCCGUGCCAAGCCUUCUGCGGACUCAACUACGAGCUCCGGUGUUCCUCUGCAGCUAUUUGUUGUAAGAAACGAUUCGAGUUGCGGAAGUACAAUUGGUCCUAUGCUUAGCGCUGCUACGGGUGUACGCACAUUGGAUUUGGGCAAUCCUCAGUUGAGCAUGCACAGCAUUCGUGAGUGCGGUGGCGUUUAUGAUGUCGAGCACGGUGUGAGAUUGUUCGAGAGCUUCUUCGAGAAUUUCGGAGAGCUCGAGGAGAAAAUCUUGGUUGAUUAG